AUGAUCAAAAAAAAUCCAUUUACCGGUAUUCACAAAUUGGACAAGAUUGUGGUAGUGAAUGGCUCGCUUUAUGCGUACGUGCAAGGUGCUGUUCUUAGUUCAGUGGCGCUGCCUAGCGCCUUCACUGCUAAUCAUCCUGCGUUCUCGACGGAUCACGAAGGACCGGUCCAUUCGAAGAGAGAUCAGGGGGAGUCCGCACAUCGCUAUCCUGUAGACGGCCGGCUCGCGAUGCGGUGUUGUCGCUUCUUCUGA